AUGUGGGUAAAUAAAUUAUAUAAACACUUACCUCUUACAAUAUUAUAUAAAAAUGAUUAUUACCUUUUUAAAAAUAAAUUAAAUUUGAAUAUAAUUAACACAAAUAGAACUAUUAAAUAUUUAACGAGUAAUAGUAGAACAACAACAAUUACAUAUUCAAAUAAUAAUAAUAAUAGAAGCCAAAUAUUAAUUAACAACAAUAGAAAUGAGUCAACAUUAACAAAUAUUAAUAAUGAAAUAUCAGCAACAUUAUUUGAGCAAGUAUGUAGUGAAACAUUGGAUUCAUUAAAUGAUUUCUUUGAAGAUUUAGUCGAUUCAACACCUCAUUUAAAAACAGCCGAUAUUAUGUAUUCGGAUGGCGUAUUAACAGUAAAUUUAGGUGAAUUAUAUGGUACAUAUGUAAUAAAUAGACAAACGCCAAAUAAACAAAUAUGGUUAAGUUCGCCAAUAUCUGGACCAAAACGUUAUGACUUAGUUCAAAAUACGAAUGGCAAUUGUUGGAUAUAUAAACAUGAUGGUGUAACAUUACAUGAACUAUUAAAAAAUGAACUAACUCAAAUAUGUAAAAAAGAUGUUAAACUACAUUUAUAGUUAUUAUUUCUAAUUUAGUA